AUGUCUCUCCAGCAAAGCGAAUCACUGCCUGUCCGCACAUCGAAGACAACCGUGUCUCACCCACUCGCGCCACUGUCAGCACAAGAGAUCCACACAGCAUCUUCUCUGAUCCGCACACAAUGGCCCGAGAAGACGGACUUGCAGUUCAAGGUCCUCACGCUCGAGGAGCCUGCAAAGGCUGAGAUGGUCCCUUACCUGGAAGCCGAGUUCAAGGGACAGAGCCUCCCUAGCAUUGACCGCCGAGUCAUGGUUGCUUACUACAUCCGCAAGACCAACAAACUACACGAAGCCAUCGUCAACCUGAGCACGUCAACAGUUGAGAGCAACGUUAGACUCGGUCCCAACGUACACGCUGCAGGAGAUGGAGAAGAAAUCUUGGACAUUGAGAAGUUGGCCCUUGAAGACGAGGGCGUGCAGGCUGAGAUUGCAAAGCUGCAGCUACCUGAAGGCACUGCUGUCGUCUGUGACCCCUGGAUCUACGGCUCGGACGGCGUGGGUGACGAUGAGCGCAUGUACCAGUGCUUCCUGUACAUGCGUGACCCCAAGAACACCAACGAACUCGACUCGAACCACUAUGCUUUCCCUCUUGCCAUCUCGCCCGUCCUCAGCGCUGUCGAACGCAAAGUCAUUCGCAUUGACAUCAUGCCUACUGGAAAGGACAACACCAUCAAGCCUACACAGCCCUGGAAGCCUGUCCAUGCCAACGAGUAUAUCCCUGAGGCCCAGACAUUGCGUACCGACCUGAAGCCUCUCCAAGUUCUGCAACCCGAAGGUGCUAGUUUCAGCAUCACCAAGGAAGGCACUUCGCAAACUCUUGACUGGCAGAAGUGGUCUUUCCGUGUUGGCUUCAACCAGAGAGAAGGCAUGGUUCUUUACAACGUUCGCUACGGCGGUCGCAACGUCUUCUACCGUCUAUCACUUUCCGACAUGUCUAUCCCCUAUGGUGACCCCCGCCACCCCUUCCACAAGAAGGCUGCUUUCGAUCUUGGCGAUGUCGGUGCUGGUGUUAUGGCUAAUGACCUGAAGCUGGGAUGCGACUGCCUUGGUUCCAUUCAAUACCUUUCCGGUGUUUUGGCCAACGAUCAAGGUGAGGCUGAAGACAUGCCCAAUGUCAUUUGCGUCCACGAGCAAGAUGGCGGCAUCGGCUGGAAGCACACCAACUACAGAACUGGUCGUGCUGCUGUUGUUCGCAACCGUGAGCUUGUGCUUCAGAGCAUCAUCACUGUUGCCAACUACGAGUACAUCUUGGCCUUCAUGUUCAACCAAGCUGGUGAGAUGACCUAUGAAGUCAGAGCUACUGGUAUCCUCUCUACUCAACCCAUCGACGAUGGUAUCAGCGUUCCCUGGGGAACUGUGGUCCACCCUGGUGUUCUUGCCACUCACCACCAACACAUCUUCUCUCUUCGUGUCGAUCCUGCUAUCGAUGGACACUCCAACCGUCUCGUCUACGAUGAGGCUCACGCCAUGCCUCGCAGCGACUUCAACCCUCACGGUACCGGCUACUACACAGAAGAGACCGUCGUCUCGCAAUCGGGUGGUUACGACCUCAACCCAGACAAGAACCGCACUUUCAAGAUCCAGAACGCAAGUGUUCUCAACCCCAUCAACGGCAAGCCUGUCGCAUACAAGAUCCACGCCCCUCCGUUCCAAAAAGGCAUUGCCGACAAGGAGAGCUUCAACUACAAGCGUGCCGAGUUCUCAGACCGCAACAUCUACGCCGUCAAAUACCGCGACGGCGAGCUUUACGCCGGUGGCAAGUACACAAACCAGUCUCGCGGCGGCACUGGUGUUCGCAGCUGGGCCGACCGCAAAGAAAACAUUGUCGAUGAUGAUCUCGUCGUAUUUGUGCAAUUUGGCAUUAACCACGUCCCUCGUAUUGAGGACUUCCCAGUCAUGCCUUGUGAGAUUAUCAAGGUUAGCUUGAAGCCAGUCAACUUCUUUGACAAGAACCCUGCGUUGGAUGUGCCACCGUCCACCCAGGAGUUCAACAAGUCGACGUUGCUGAGCGAGACGCACAAGCAACCUACUGUUGAGGGUAUCGUCGGCGGUGAAAACGAUUUGUGCUGCAAGACUACUACUACUGGCAGUAAGCUGUAA